CGUCCCUAUAUGUGCCAUGGAAACUACCGGGCAAAGUGAAGUCAUCGAGAAGGCAAAAAAUAAACUAAAAAAGCUCGGGAUCACUGACAUCUAUGACCUACCUCCCAGUAAUGACAUUCUCUCAUAUGAGAAAGGGUUGCAGUGGCUUGACCUCCUUCAUGGAUGCCUUCAAAAAGGUGACGAAGGGAUUUUUGCUGACUUAAUACAGCUUUAUUCGUUACCCAGCUUUGAGCGGUUAUGGAACCAAGGGAGAAAGGAUGUCACAGAAGCAGAGAAGAGACACGGAGAAGACAUUAAAGAAGAAGAAGAAGCAAAGAAGUUACUCCAAGGAAGAAUUACAGACUUAGAGCAGGAACUCAACGAGUCCCGUGCAAGUCGCGCAAGCAUAGUCAGUGAAAAUGGAAGACUACAAGAUACCAUGAAGGUUGAACAAGAAAGGCGUGAACAUAGUGAAAGGGCAAUGAUGGAAAACGAGAAAAGAGCAAAACAGAUAAUGGAGACGUACAAGCAGAGGGAGAUGGAAUUUGAAAAGAAAGUACAAUCACAGGGUCUGCGUAUCGAAACAAUGGCUGAAAAAUUACAGGGGACAGAAGAGAAGGCAAGACGUCAGGUUGAGCGACUAGAGACCGACAACGAAGAAAUGAUGAAGAAAUUAGUGUCUAAGCUACAACGGGAAGACACUUUGACAAAAAUGCUAGAGGAGAAGAAGCGAAACGAGACGACUCUAAGACAGCAAGCUGAAGAAUUAAUGAAAGGAACAGAGGGAGAUAGAGCGCGAUUUGAAAAGGAAAAACGGUCAAUAGAAUUAAGUUGGAAGAAGGAGCUUGAUCAUAAGGAACAGCUUAUGGAGCAACUUGAGCGUAGGACAUGGAAGCUGAGAACCAAAAUUCAACUAGAAAGUGAGAUACGAUCAGCAGAGCAGAAGAGGAAAGCAGAGACAUAUCAAUCGAGUUUCAUUCGCUGGGUGGCUUUUGGAAAACAAGCUCAGAGUGGCACAUCAUCAUUUGAGGAUAAUUCAACCGGACUAACAGGGUUACUAACAGGGUGAGAUGCAAU